CAUACCAUCCGAGACUCGUGACAAGACGACAAAAAAAACCAUGGAAGACGAAGCGGUGCCGGAAGUGAAAAAAGCUCGUCUUGAAACAAGCCCUCCACUCUAUGGAUCGCUAGAAUUAAUAUACCACAACUCAACUGAAAAGCAACGUGCAAGGUAUGAAAAAUUAAAUGAUUUGUUCGUAGAGAAAUAUGGUCAUGCUCCUGCCUUCUAUGCUAGAGCUCCUGGUAGAGUCAAUAUCAUAGGUGAACAUAUUGAUUACUGUGGUUAUGGAGUCCUUCCAAUGGCCUUGGAACAAGAUAUUGUCAUUGCCGCUAGUACAAACACGGAUAAGAUGCUACAUAUCAACAACACCAAUCCUGAAUUCCAGGAUUUUAGUGUGGAUACUCUAGAAUAUCAAAUUGAUGGAAAAGAAUGGUACCACUAUUUCCUAUGUGGAUACAAGGGUAUUGUUGACUUCCCAGUGUUAGCGAUACUUGAUCCAGUUGGAAUGAAUUUGAUAGUGGAUGGUAGUGUUCCUAAGAGUGCUGGUUUGUCAAGCUCAUCUGCUCUUGUUUGCUGCUCUGCACUAGCCACUCUGUACGCCAAUAAUCUAGAACUGACAAAGCAUGAGUUGGCAGAGAUCUGUACUAAAUGUGAGAAAUACAUUGGAACUGAAGGAGGAGGUAUGGAUCAGGCCAUUUCCUUCCUCGCGGAAAGAGGAACAGCCAAGUAUGUGGAGUUCCACCCCACCAGGGCCACUGACAUCAAGCUACCUGAUGGGGUUGCGUUUGUCAUUGCAAAUUGCUUGGUUGAAAUGAAGAAAUCAGAAUCUGCAGGAACUCAUUUCAAUGUUCGAGUUGUUGAAUGUCGUACAGCAGCAAAGUAUUUGGCUAAAGUAAAAGGCCUAGAGUGGAGAAAGAUCCGCCUCUUGCGUGAAGUACAAGAUGAAUUGAACCUCAAGCUUGAGGACAUGGUUCACUUGGUUGAAUCGGAGCUUAAGAAGGAGCCAUACACCAAAGAUGAAUUGUGCAAAUUCUUUGAUAUCACGGAAGAAGAACUGAUAGAGAACUGCCUGAGUAAGUCCACUGUAGGUGUGAAGAGUCUCAAGCUUCAUGACCGAGCCAAGCAUGUGUAUGCCGAAGCUGAUAGGGUACUGAAGUUUAAGCAAAUAUGCGAAGAAAAUCCACCCGAUAUUAUGAAGGCCCUAGGGAAAUUGAUGGACGAAAGCUUUGACAGUUGUAGGGACUUGUACGAGUGUAGCUGCGAUGAACUCAAUGAGCUUGUGGCUGCUUGCAGGGAAGCAGGAGCACUGGGUUCCAGGCUAACAGGAGCAGGAUGGGGCGGUUGCACAGUCUCCAUGGUUCGCACAGAUGCACUAGAUGAUUUUAUAUCCAAAGUCACGAAGGCUUAUUACUCAAAACCAGGCCACCAGGAGCGAGUCGAGGAAGCGCUGUUUGCUACUGAGCCAGGGUCAGGAGCGGCAGUGCUCUGCUUGGACUAGACUACAACUAUUAGAAAAUAUAAGUCUUUGAUGCCUUUGUUCCUUUUGGGGAGGGUAUAGAUAGAUACCUAGAUGCUUCAAGAAGCAAGGACAUAUUACUAGAGGGAGCCCAGUUUUAAAGUUAUAAAUGAUUAGCUUUCCAUGGCUUUUUGGGAGAUAGUGAUUAUGGUGAAUUGUAGUCUAGCUUGGAUACAAGCAUUUUUUAUUUGCCAUAUCUUAUAUUCAUUGUUUUUACUCAAGCUAGACCACAAUGCAUCAAUUUUGAUUAUCAAAUUUUAAAAAAGGCCUGUUUGUGUUUUAUGGCUCAGUUCUAGUGAAGAAUUGCAUCAUGGUUUAGCUUGGGUACAAAGGCUUUUGUACAGCCUAUCUUAUGUUUUUUGCGCCCAAGCCAGUCCAGGUUGCAUCCUGCUUAUCAAAGCCAGAAGACGCCUUUGAGGAUGAGGAGAAGGCUAUAACAGUAUACCAUUUUCACUGGUCCCACUUUACUCAUAUAUAAGUUAUGGGAGCAGACCUGGUGCAGUUCUCUAAAGAACCACUACAUCACAAGGAAAGGAAGAGGGGAAUAACAAAAUAAAGAGAGCAGCCACAGGUCGAGGGGAGUAUAGCAGAGAACUAAAAUUCUUAUGAGUGAAUAAGAUACUGCACGACCCUAACAAGUUGGAAUAGACUUCUUAUAAAUUCUCACACAUGGGACACUACUGAAAAUGAAUGAACAUAAUUUCUUUAGUUUCUGCUCUGCAGUCAACUUAUCUAAAGUGGGCUCCCUCUGGUAAUACUUGAUUGAGGACUGACUUGAGAAGACAGCCUUGGGCGAGCAUGAAAGUUUGCAAAAUUUCAACCAAAAGGAACGAGUUUGAAGACAAAAAAACACCUUACUUUUUGUUA